UUGGUAAGAGUAUGUGUUUCUGUUUUAGUAUCAUACUAUAGUGUGUGUUCUGGAGUAGCAUUUUUAAUUCUGUAUCAUGGGCUGUGGCCCUUGUGGGUAAUCUCGCUGGCUGUAGUCAUGAACAUUCAUGAUAUCCUAUUGUUCAACAUCAGGAUGAUAGGAUCUCUCUCUCUCUCUCUCUGCACAUGUCUGUGUACAUCUUCAUGUUUGCAAGGUCUGAGGGCAUGACAUUGACUGAUGGAUGGUAUGAACAUAUGAUAUGUAGGCAAGUCCACGAUUCUUCUAUGUUUACCAUCUAUGGAGUAUUUGAUAGUGACUGCCACUGAAAAUGAUGCUGCUAUUUCACCAAGUUUCUUGGAGGGGCUAACCUUGGAAGGUCCUAUAGGUCAUACUGUGAGGAAAAUAGCAUACUUGGCGAGAUUGCCUACAGACGAGCACCGUUUGAAAGUGGGGAUCAGUUGGUUUGUGAAGUCUGCUGUGGAUUCAGUUACAACGAUUCAGAGUACUGUUGCCAAAGUUGUUUCAGGAGCAUAGUUCAAUUGCAUCUCUCUUUUAAAGGCACACAUUCUUUUCUUUUCAUAGCUAUCAGUUGGUAGUUAUGUCUAGUUGUACAAUUGUGUCUACCUGUACCAAGGGGAGGAUAUAAACUUGUCUAGUUGUACAAUUGUGUCUACUUGUUUAUUUAUUUAUUUAUUUUUAUUUUUAUUUUUAAUUUUUUGCGACGGUAACAAGAUGGUCGCCAAAGAUCAUGUUAGUAUUUUUCUUUGUUUUUUGCGACG